AUGAGGAAUUCAGGUCCUCAUCAGUUCCUUUUCAGAAUCGGGCGGUGCCCGCCAUUAAACUGGUUGCUUGUAUGUUUUAUCGCUGUUAUAGCGUUAAUCGCUAUCAUAUCUUCUCCAUCACCCUCCACCUUCAAUUCCGUUACGUCACCCUUACCUGAUAUUUAUAAAAAGCAUAGGAAGCUCAGGGAACAGGCAGCAAAUGAUCUUUUAGAGAUCCAAUCACUUUCCCUUGGACCUCCUCUGCUCAGGGAUCUUGACCCCUGUGGUAAGGAAAGAGAGAAUUAUGUCCCUUGCUACAAUCUUUCUGCCAAUAUUCUAGCAGGGCUCCAUGAUGGAGAACAGUAUGAUCGACAUUGUGUCUCGGAGAGAAACUCUCCACGUUGCUUGGUUCGCCCACCAAAAGAUUACAAGAUACCAUUGCGAUGGCCUGCUGGUCGCGAUAUUAUAUGGAAUGGCAAUAUAAAGAUUACCAAAGAUCAGUUUUUCUCUUCUGGAAGUAUGACAAAGAGGUAUGCCUUUUGUUUUCACUGGAAAUAUUUUUCUGUAUAAUCACCUUGCCUGCUUGGCAAACCAACGCCCUGAGCAUCCUAUAAAGAUGGUGUUGUGAUGAAUAUAUCCAAAACAUAAUUUAUCUAUUUUUUGUUGGGCAACAGAUUGUUUUUUUCUGAAUGAAAGUUUUAUCCAUUUGAAGUGACUAUAUAUUUUUUUAAUUAUUUAGAUUAAUGCUGCUGGAGGAUAAUCAAAUUGCCUUCCACUCUGAGGAUGGCGCAAACUUUGAUAGUGUCGGGGAUUAUUCUCGUCAGAUAGCCGAGAUGAUAGGACUGGGGAGUGAUUCUGAGUUUCCUCAGGCUGGGGUAUGUGACCUGUUCUCCAUCUGAUGGUUAUUGUUGCAUUUUCUAACAUUUUUUUUGGGUACGUUGAAUGAUGGUGCAUUGUCUUGCAAAACUCAGACUGGGCUAGGUUUAAUGAUAAACGAAAUUACUAUACCUUCCGGUUAUUUGGGUUUAUGGUGGAGUCUGGCAACGUUUCUGUGACUGAAAAUUACCUAGCGGGUACAUCUAAGUUAUACACAUGGCUGUUGGUUGCUUUCUUAUUGUAGACCUUGUAUGGUUAACUAAUUCACCAAUUUCCAAUUUUGGGAGCGAUAUGCAGUUGUUAUUCUUGAAAAAAAAAAAUCCGGUGUUUUCUCGGGGGAACAAUUAAAUAUCUGGAAAUUUAUGCACCUGUUGAUAAUUUGGGAAUUUUUCCAACUAAACUGUUGUAACUUAUUUUUUUUAAGCGCUAGGUUUUCUCACUCUCCAUUUUCCUUUUGUAUAUAAAACUUAAUUUUAUUUUCAUUUUAUUGGCUUCAAAUAUCUAAAUAUAUUCCGAGCAUUUAAUGUCAGGUGCGAACAGUGUUGGACAUUGGAUGCGGCUUUGGAAGCUUUGGAGCUCACUUACUUUCUGUAAAGUUGAUGGCAGUUUGUAUAGCAUCAUAUGAGACAGUUGGAAGUCAGGUCCAGCUAGCCCUUGAGAGGGGACUUCCAGCUAUUAUUGGUAGCUUUACCUCAAAACAACUUCCAUAUCCAACACUGGCUUUUGAUAUGAUCCAUUGCGCUCAGUGCGGAAUCAACUGGGACAGGAAAGGUAUGCAUCUCUUCAAAGGAAUAAUUAUGUGUAUUCCCAACAUAUGCGCUUUUAACAUUUCCACCUAGUUUUUCUUUAGACAAUUGUAAAGUCAGAUUCUUCUGAACGUUUAGGGCAAAAUUUAAUUGUAAAGAAGUUACUUUCUUGUACCUGAUGCGUACUAAUUUUCCACUAUCCGUCCCUCACACAUUUGUUUCUACCAGAUUUUGAUGAUUUAGGGAAAUGCUACAUGACCCAUGGGAAAAGUCAUGUUAGAUCUUCUGGUUCAGUCUCAAAUGUAAAAUUAUAAAUUAAGGAUAACAUGGUAUGCAACGGCUGACAAUUAUCAUCUGACCGUGAGAUUUCCGGCCCAGUAAAAGAAAAAAAGGAUUGGCAAAAUGUACUGUGCUUUAGACUUCUUUGUAGACGAGGAAGAUGCAAUUUCUCUUUACCUCGAAUAAAGAUAAACCGAUGUUGAAUAUACUGACAUCAAUUUUCUUGGGACUUCUGGUUCACUCUCUGUAAAUCAGAUGGGGCCUUCCUCAUUGAAGCUGAUCGUGUUCUCAAGCCUGGUGGUUACUUUGUUCUGACAUCACCAGCAAGCAAAUUACAAGGGGUUUCCACUGGUACUAGGAACAGAAUAAUGUUCGCUGCGAUUGAAGAAUUUGCUCAGAGGAUAUGUUGGAGUUUAUUGGGUCAGCAAGAUGAGACUUUCAUUUGGCAGAAAACUACAGAUGUUAGCUGCUAUUCGUCUCUGUGAGGAUCACAAUAUUUACAUUGCUUUUUUCAAUUAUAUUUUCCUAUUAUAGGAUCUGCGGUCAUACAUCAUUCUUUUUUCUUCUUCUGUUUUUUCCAAUAUUUUAAUAUUUCCGUUUUUACUGCUUUUUCGAUCUGCAGUGGGCAUCCUGCGGUGCCUCUUUGCAAGGAUGCGUAUGAUGAAGGGUCGUAUUAUAAACCUCUUCUAUCUUGCAUCAGUGGAACUACCAGUUAUCGUUGGAUUCCAGUUCAGAACAUAACAAACCGGCCUCUUGACUUCCAGAUGAGCCCAGAAGAACUUGCAGUUCAUGGAAAGUUUUUCUCUUACAUGCUCUUUUUUUGUUGAUUUACGGAAUUCAUAAAUAGUUAUUUUCUUGGACUGCGACAUCAUGGGAUCUAUGUUACUUAAUUUUUUGUCGAACUGUUACUUAUUUUUCGAUAGAAGAGAUCACUAGUCAAUUGAUUGAGGUUUCUCUCUUCAGGAGUCCCACCAAAUGAAUUUUACGAGGAUUCCCAAUAUUGGGGAACUGCAGUGAGAAACUACUGGACUUUGCUCACACCGUUGAUUUUCUCGGAUCACCCAAAGAGGCCUGGCGAUGAAGACCCAUUGCCCCCAUUCAACAUGGUGCGGAAUGUGAUGGACAUGAAUGCUCGGUAUGCAGGGUUCAAUGCCGCAAUUCUAGAGGAAAGGAAGUCUGUCUGGGUGAUGAAUGUGGUGCCCACAUUAACUGAUCAUACACUUCCUCUGAUUCUUGAUCGAGGCUUCACAGGAGUGUUCCACAAUUGGUAAUUUUUUUGUCGCUUCUUCACAUUUCCAUUGGAAGCUUCAUACUGUUGAUUUAUAUUCCCUUCACAAAAUUCAUGGAAUGUAUCUUACUUUUGUGUCUGCAUUUAUAUCCUUGAACACUAUGAAAACAUAAAUCAUAUCUUCGUGAACCAUCCAAUGAUCUAUGUCUAGAGUGAGAAAGAUUGGGCAAUAUCUAGACUUGGCUGAUGAACUCCAUGAGAAAUUUCUGCUACAAAAAUUCUAAAAUUUCUUUUAAAAACAUGCUCUUGUUCCCUAGUGACAUAUAACUAACUAGAUGCUUGUCCUCAUUGAGGUUCAAUAACACAUCCAAUGAAGUUUUUAUACUUCCAUAAUUAAACUUAUGAAUGUCACUCUUAGUUAGGUGGACGUUUUACUUGGGGAUUUUCUAAUCAGAAUCUGGUUCAAGGAGCUGUUCUGAUCCACAUCUACAGUCACUGAGAGGCGGUCAGAAUUAGUGAAAACUGAAUUUGAGGGCUAGAAAUUCGAAUGGGUUGAUCCUCAUCUACUCAAGAACAUCCAGGUCAGACCAUUCUUGGCCGUGUUGAGAGAGAGAGCUACAAAACCACUGGUAGGUUGGACUUGUGAAGCACAGACAGGCGCCAAGAGAAAGGCCCAGAGAACAGUUUAGCCUUCCAGAUAGAGAACCAGAUAAAUAUGGGCCAUUCAGACAUAGCGAGAGAGCGAGAGAGCGAGAGAGAGAGAGAGAGAUUCCUCUUCUCUGCAUAGCCCAAUCUUAAUCCCCCUCUGUUUUUGCUGAUGCUGUCUUUGUUCCGCAGGUGUGAGCCCUUCCCAACCUACCCCCGGACGUACGACCUGCUCCAUGCCUCGGGGCUCCUCUCUCUCCUCACUGAUUCAUACAGGUGCGACAUUGCGGAUUUCUUCUUGGAGAUGGACCGGAUUCUCCGUCCUGAGGUACACAUUCCUCUCAUCAUCCGACCCAAUUCUGGCUGAUGUGAUUCUAUAAUCUUCCUAUAAUUGGGAAACCCAUCCCUCUAAAUACUUAUCCAAAGCGACCCGAAGAUCGGCUGAUGCCAAUCCUUAUCAUCAUCCGCAAUCAUCUGACCCAAUUCUGGCUGAUGUGAUUCUACACUAUUCCGAUAUAGUUGGAGACCCAUCCCUCUAAAGAUCAGCCAAACCCAUCUGGCUCGACUGGUGCUGGCUAGUUUUCCAGUUCUGGUUAGUCUCAACCCAUAAACUACGUCGUGGCCAGUUUCUUUUAUUCUAUCCAUGUACCUUGACUUAGUAUGAAUCCAACGGGGCAUUUCGUUUGAAAUGGUCAUCUACGGUGAUAGAAGUUUCUAAAAACGGCAGUGUCAUCCGAUUUAGCUGAUCUCUUCUCCACAAUCUACAUCAACUAAAUACUUUUAUUUUUAUAUAUUGAAUAUAUUUAUCUUGAUCUUCCAGGGGUGGGUCGUCCUUCACGAUGGAGCCCAAAGCAUAGAGAGAGGCCGCACCCUUGCCACCCAAGUCCGCUGGGAGGCGCGGGUCAUUGAGCUCAGCAGUGACAACACUCAGCGUCUCCUCGUCUGCCAGAAGCCCUUCCUAAAGAAGUGA